GACGUCGCGAAAAUCGGCGCAAGGCGUCAAAUCGAUGCAGAUUUUUUCGAAAUAACAGACGUUCUUCGGAACGUUGUGAAAAAAUAUAAAUAAAACGUCCACGGUAUUUUUCUCAAAAGUUUUUAAAUGAAACCAAAAAUGUAUUAGUGACAUAGGUUGGCAGUAUUCCUCUAUUCUGUGCGCCGCCUCUUCAAAUAUUGAUUUUGGGCUGGACAAACGUCUGGUAGCCCAAAGAAAAUUGUGUUCUCGCUAUAAAACACGCAAGAAAACGGUAGCGUGUAAAUAAAUUUUACAAACUUGAAUAAAAAUUGCUAGUCUACUUGUAACUGUGCCAUCCAUUUGGUUUCUGAAUUGAGUGUGUUCAUUUGAAUUAAUUUUUGGUGUCCCUAGACUAUUGAUUCUGAUUUAAAGUAACAAUUUAAUUGUUUUGUAAGUGUCAGUGAAUUUUUGGUACAUGUUACUACUUUUGGAAUAGUUUGUAAUCGCUGCAAUUUGUAAUAUUGGUAUUUUGGUUUAUUGGAGGAUUAUUAUGGCAGUUAUUUUUAUAAAUUUGAAAAAGUAGAAAUGACCAGUUUGACUAUCCCAUUAGAUAAUAUUGAUGUUACUGAAAAUACAGAACAAAUUAGUAAAUUAUUCCCCAAGUGCAGACCAAGAAGUGAUAUUAAUUUAAAUCCUAUAAUAGCCACUGGAAGAGACCAUGAAUGUAUUGAAAAUACAACUAAUACUGUCAUGAGUGUCGACAGUGAAAAUGAUAGAUGGAUAGCUGAUAGUUCCUGUAAUGUUAGUAGAGAAAAUACAAGUCAGCUACAUUCAACAGAUGAUGAUGAGAUCAUUAUUGAACAUAAACAUACAGGGGGAACAUAUAAAUUACGCGAUUCUAGGAUCAUCGAAAUCGCCGGUGGUCGGGAAAUCUAUUCGCAAAGCCGAAGCAAAGCGUUAAGGAAAUCACGCAACUCCCUGUUGGGCGAGGAUGGGGAGAAAAAGGGCCAAAAAUCGCCAAUGAGGCAGGGCGUUUGGGAGCUGCGCGCUCGGAGCGAAACGAAGAAAUCUCAAAACUCUCGGGACUACACCGAGACGGUAUUCUCGUCAGAAGUGUGCUCGGUGGCACACGAACAAAAUGCGGACAGCGCUGUAGACAAGUCCAGUCCUGUCAGUAUGACGUUUCCCGGUGAAGUGGUGGUAUUCGACGACAUCGGCGAGACCUGGCAAAGCGAUGAAAACAAAAGGAUCCAAAAGGAGAAUUCGUCUCACGCUGCCUCGAAAUUGUACAACACCAGCGAUACUGAUAGCGAUAAAGUUACCAAAGUCAUAGGCAGCCUGCCCAUAGCGGUGUACGAAGGCUCUCCGAGGAGAUAUGGACAAAGGCAUAUGGAUUCAAAUUGCUCGCACCCACAGCUUCCUAGUGCACAAAGUUUAUUGGCUUCUCCGAGCGUUUAUCCGCCGCGACCGGGCUUUCCUCAAAGAGUGGUCAACACACCUAGUCCUGUAGAAAACGAUUCUAACUUAAACGUCGAAAACAGUUCGAGUAAAAAACCCUUAUCGCCCAACGCCACCACGUCGACUUUUGACUAUUUGUACGAAUUCUCGGAAACCAGGAAGGUCCUGGAGGAGUUUUUCAAGUGCCCUCCCACGGACGAGGAGAACAGAUUGGAGGUGGAAUUUCAAGAUCUCGAAUACGAACUGAGAAGGCACACCAGCGAUUCCGGCAAUUCGUACGUCGGUCAAAGGCUGGCUAAAACUUUGCCAGGCGAAAGCGAGUUUUGCGUCCGGAUAGACUCUCCUAGAAAAUGCAUGAACAACACCAAUAUUCAGGAUCACGAUAUUACAGAGCACGAGAACAAUUUUUUAGACCUCUCAAUAGGUACCGGUUCCAGUGGUGAUUUAGGCGAAACUGAAGUAGGCCUUCAAGUAGGGCAUAGUAGGAAUUUUACUCUAUCUCCCGAAACGACAGACUGUGACUCUAAUUGCGGUGAUUUAGAUAGUGAAGCAUCCUUGAUGCUUAUGGAAAACGAAAUGGGACCUGCCGGUGGCCUCUUAGGAUCAAAUACAGAUUUAGUUAUUCCUAGUGAUUCAUUACGCUUAUACUCUAGUAUGCCAGUAUUAGAAGACGGGCUGUCGUCGGGCCACGCAAGUGAUACGGAUAAUAACAAUCCAACGGUGAUGCUCAUGAAGCGACAAAUAACGGAGAUCGAGCGCGAAAUCAACCAAGGGAUCUGCAAGUCCACGUCGACGAAAGUCAACGAGAACGGCAUGUCCCCGAAGUCCGAAAUACGCAAUACGUCUCCGAUAGAUAUCAAUGGUUGUGUUAGUAGUUUCGAAGAACCCAUGACAAUGUCUCAAACCGACUCUCUCGAGAAAACUCCGCCGCCGCCGGCUCCGGCCCCGCACCGGCUGAUGACCGGCGAGAAGGCCAACGACGUGGAGGCCGCUCUAAAAGACAUUAGGUUAACGUUGCAGAGAACCAAAACGCUGCCGUUGCAGCGCCACCCGGAGGAGGAUUGCGAGGAGACCGCUGCCAGCCCGAUUUGGGUACCUAGUCAUUUCAGGCAACGGGGCCUCUCCACUGCCAGCGGGGACUCUGAGAGGAAAGUUAACAGCGGCGGCGAGGAAGAAGAAAAUGAUACGGAUUUAGAAACUGAUCGAUUGUUAGGACAGCAGAGGACCGACGAUCAGGGUUUUUACGACGACAAGGGUUGGAGAAAACCUAAAACUCGGACUAUAAUGCCUCCGCUAACCCUAGCAAAUCCCAAACAAAUUUUAAAUACCAUGGAUGAAGGUACCCUCCCUUUAGUCCCCACUGAAAAUCAAAUGUCCGAUCCUUCAUCCCCGACAGCGGUAUCCGAAAAAAGUCAAUCGCCCCAAAGCCAAAAAGGAUCGGUAUCUUCGAAUAAAGUCAAAAAGGAAAAAGAUAAUAAAAAGAAAGCCAGAAACAAAGAAGAUGUCAUUCAACGUUCAGUGUUGAUAGAAGGGGUGUUAUUUCGCGCGAGAUACCUCGGAUCUACUCAGCUAGUUUGUGAGGGGCAACCCACCAAAACCACCAGAAUGAUGCAAGCAGAGGAAGCGGUCUCUAGAAUAAAGGCUUUGGCUCCUGACGGCGAAAGCCAGCCCAGCACCGAAGUGGAUUUGUUCAUCUCCACCGAGAAGAUCAUGGUGCUCAACACGGAUUUGAAAGAGAUCAUGAUGGACCACGCGCUGAGGACGAUAUCCUACAUAGCCGACAUCGGGGACCUGGUGGUCCUGAUGGCCCGGAGGCGGUUCGUGCCCCACGAGAUGGAGGACGCUCCGAAGAUCAACCGCACGCCGAAGAUGAUCUGUCACGUGUUCGAGAGCGAAGAGGCCCAAUUCAUCGCCCAGUCGAUCGGGCAGGCCUUCCAGGUGGCUUACAUGGAGUUCCUCAAAGCCAACGGCAUCGAAGACCACAGCUUCGUCAAGGAGAUGGACUACCAGGAGGUGCUCAACUCGCAGGAGAUAUUCGGCGACGAGCUGCAGAUGUUCGCUAAGAAGGAAAUGCAGAAAGAGGUCGUGGUGCCGAAAGCUAAAGGGGAAAUCUUGGGAGUAGUCAUCGUGGAGUCCGGUUGGGGCUCGAUGCUGCCCACCGUCGUGAUAGCUAACCUGGCGCCGGCCGGCGCGGCUGCCAGAUGCGGCCAGUUGAACAUCGGCGAUCAAAUAAUAGCCAUCAACGGGGUGAGCUUGGUUGGACUUCCGCUAUCGACUUGCCAAACUUACAUCAAGAACUCCAAGAAUCAAACGGUCGUCAAGUUGACUGUGGUACCUUGCGCUCCGGUUGUUGAAGUGAAGAUCAAGCGGCCCGAUACGAAAUAUCAGCUCGGAUUCAGCGUGCAGAAUGGAGUGAUUUGCAGCUUGCUUAGAGGUGGUAUAGCAGAGAGAGGAGGCGUAAGAGUCGGGCAUAGGAUUAUUGAGAUAAAUAACCAAAGUGUUGUCGCUGUACCUCACGAGAAAAUAGUAAAUUUGCUGGCAACUUCAGUAGGCGAGAUUCUGAUGAAAACAAUGCCGACUUCUAUGUUCCGUUUGCUUACUGGUCAAGAGAAUCCUGUGUACAUCUAAAUUGAUAUAAAACGAGGUUCGAAAGUGCCUACUUGUAGUUGAUAUUGAACUGUCCCUGGGAAUUGUUUUAUUUAGAUCGUGCUUGAGUCGCAGAUCAAUAUAUUUUUUAUUGUUAGAAUAAGUUCAACAGACUGAAGACAAUACGAGCAAAGAACUGCGCUCUGCACAAAAAUCCUUUGCGCUGAGCUUUCUUGAUAGACCAUAUCCCAGCUUUGUCGCGUAUUCGUAUUUAUUUCAUCAUUUUAGCUAAUACAAAAAAAAAAUGCUGUCGACUUUCAUAUGUGCACUUUCAGAAACUGUUUUGCUCAAAAAAGAGUUGUGAAAUAAAAUAAUCGUUUGUCCAAUUUAUUACUGUUGAAUUUUUGUGAAAAGAAAUACCAAUUUCGUAGCUCAUGGAAACUUGACUGCUUGUUCUGCUACAAACUAAACGUUAAUUGGCUUUGUUGAAAGUUUGCCUAUGAAAGUUUAGAGGAAAUUUUAAUAUACAUCAGUUUUUUAACUAAAAUGACUGCAAUUAUUACAUCUAAUAAUUUGUUAUUGUGAAUGUGAAAGGCAUACCAAAGACUGUUGGUUGGCUUUAAAGAAUAUUUCGUCGCAUCAUCACAAAGUUUCAUUUAGCUAAGUAAGUUAUUUAUUUUGGCAGAUGUUACAUUAUCCUUAUGUAUUCUCGAAAAUUCACUCAAUAAAAACCAACAUUGUACGUCGAGUAAACGUUAAUAAUUCCGUUAAAAUUUCGAUUGUACCAGUUGACGUGGUAAUAUUUAAGUUACCUUUGCUAACGCAGCUUUACCUCACAUUUAAUCCACUUUUCCUUCGAAUUGAACGAAACGAUAUAAAUACAUCUACUCACUUAUAUAUCUAACAUAAAACCCACUGUCAGCUGGUAUAUCGUUUAAAAAAAGACCUUACUACUAUCAAAAUUAUCGGUAAUGUUACAGUGUUUUCUCUUUUAGUAAAUUCCACUAUAUAUCCCGACAUCACCAGUUAUAAAAAAAUUAGUUACGAAUUAUUGUAAUUAACAGUAUCACAGGUGCGCGUUUAAUUCAUGAUCGUAUCAGCAUUAGAUAUUGGCAGUGUUACUGACGGUUUGCAAUUUGGAAGUGGUUUGAUUCAAUAUUGACGAGGCAGUUGUAAAUUAGAUUAUGUUUCUCGAAAUAGAAUUUGUACAAUGUGGACGUCGGUACAUCAAUUUUGUGUAUAGUCGAAACUAUUCAUAAUAUCUUUACGUCCAUAGAAUAACUGCAUGUUCAAUGGUAUAACAGAGGAUUCUUUAAGAAAUAUUCCAUUUAUCCAACCUUCUAUCGUGCUGGCUCAAGUAAAUAUGAUAAUAUCUAGUCAGCAUUACAAUCUUCAUUCCCCAUUUUGUGUUUUAUGAUAAUUUUGUUUUUGUUGUAGAAUUUUUAUUAUUCGAAAGUCUCGGUGAUAUUUCCAUUUACUCUAGAACUCCCGUAAUAGGUAAAUAAAGUUGUAUAUAAAAAUAUAAUUUAACUGUUAUCAUAAUGGUAAUUCUAUCAAUCCUGUUCAAUUUAGAUUAAAAAAAACUUGAUUACAUACAGCGGAGUUUUCAGAAAAUUUCACUUAUGAAAUUUAUAAAAAAUAUGAGAGUAAGAAAGCAAUGUUUUCUGAAUACUUGCUGUGUACAUUAGAUCUCUCACUUGAGUCUAUUGUGUGCUUUCUUCCUUCUAGUUUGUUUUCUCUACUUUUCGUUUAAUUUAUCUUGGGCUAAAUUUUUGAGCAUUUUCUGUAAAUUUUAACUGUAUGUAAUAGGUGUAAAUGAAUGUGAACUCCUUUCUAGAUGUUUCCUAAUAAAAAGUGAUCUUUACUACAAAAUUCAGAUUCGUAUUAGAUGAAAAUAAAUAGUAAAUAGUAUUUUUAUAUUUCCCUGAAAAGAUUAUAGAUCCUUAAGACACUUGUAAGUGGAAAAUGACACGAUGACGACUUUUUCUCCUUCACUAUCUCUCCAUACUACCGAAAACUUUGCUGAAGAGAGCGUUCUAAUGGUGCCUAUAAAUGAUACGAAUUGUUAUUUAAUCUGUACAGUAUCGUUUUGUUUCGAAACACAUGGAAUUAAUAUUUUCUUAAAAAUCGAGAUUAAAUAAUAAAUUCAAUAAGAGCGUCACUGGAAGUAGUUGCUCUUGAAAUUCCUUUAUAUAGCUGUCCAACUACUAAAGUAUUUUGUAUUAUGGAGUCGUGUAUGUGUAUUAAAUGUGAAUAGUUUUAUUUCAAUGUACAAUCACAUAGUUGUAAUACUCUAAAAAAUUUGUUUUAUAAAUUAAAAUUUUAUUAAGUACCUACAUUUUGUGAAUAAAAGUCACAAUUCAUUUUUUUUAUGUAUUAAAAACGAAUUAUCGAAACCUAUAUUUUUCAUUUCGUAUACCUGUUUAAAUAAUCUAACCAUAUCAAAGCCU